AUGAGUCUCGUCGCAGAGCUGCCUAAUGCCGGGCUUCUCAAGAAGGUCGCGGAUGCCAUGAAGGAUUUGUGCAAGGACGUCAACUUCGAUUGCUCUGAGAAGGGUAUCCAGGUGCAAUCUAUGGACAGCUCGCACGUCGCUUUGGUUUCCCUGAACCUCAAAGAGUCUGCAUUCAAUGACUUCAAGUGUGAGCGCCCGGCAUCGUUGGGAAUGAACGUGGACUCCUUGACGAAAAUCCUCAAGAUGACGAGCCCCAACGACUCGCUAAAGAUCCGACACCAGGUUGACUCGGAUGUCGUGGGCUUUCAGUGUGAGGGUUCAGACGACCGGAUCUCAGAGUUCGAGCUAAAGCUCAUGCAGAUUGAGAGCGAGCACAUGGAGAUCCCUGAGCAGCACUACAAGGUCAUCGCGAAGCUACCCUCCUCCGAGUUUCAGAAGAUCUGCCGCGACCUGAAGGAGUUUGGGGAAACUCUGCAGCUGAGCGGCAGCAAGGAGGGUCUCAAGUUCCAGGUGAAGGGCGACAUCGGCAGCGGGAAUGUCCUGCUAAAGCCUCGCGAGAGCGAGAAGCCCGAGGACAAGGUGAGUCUCACCAUCCAUGAGCCCGUGAAUGCAACCUUUGCCUUGCGCUACCUGGUGAAUUUCUCCAAG